UGCGUCAUCACAGAAGCGCCACUGGAAGUGUCAGCCACUGAUCUGGAGGAGUUUUCGGGAGCCGAAGAUCGGGCUAGAGCGAGCGGUAGUGUGAGCAGGACCCGUGGAGGGAACGUGCGGGGCGGCCGGAACCGGAGUGCGGAACCGGGCUGGGCCCAGCCUUAAGAGCCUGACCGGCGGAGGGAGCGUGCGGGGCGGCCGGCGCCGGGCUGAGGAACCGUGCCGAGAUGUGCCCGUGCUGGACAUGGGUCACAGGUCACCUCAGGUAACCUCCUAGACACUUUCCGAGGUGGUAAUGAAGUUCUGACAUUCCUACUGACCCAGUUCCAAGGCUCCAGCCAUCUCAUAGUGUCACUGCUCAAUGGCCAUCCCAAACUGCCCCCUGAGCCCAGUGCCCUGGGAACACAACAGCUUCCUUCAGGUGAAGAUAGAGGAGGAGGAGGAAGAACAAGAGGAAGAGGUUGAAGCUGAUCUCUCCCAGGGCCAGGAAUCCAGCCCCAGACCUACUGCCUACCCUGAGGCUGCACGCUUGCGCUUCCGGCACUUCCACUAUGAGGAGGCAUCUGGUCCUCACUCUGCACUGGCCCAACUGAGAGAGCUGUGCCACCAGUGGCUGCAGCCUGACUUGUGCACCAAGGAGCAGAUGUUGGAGUUGCUAGUGCUGGAGCAGUUCCUGGGCUCACUACCUGCUAAGAUCCAGGCCUGGGUGGUGUCUCAGUGCCCUAAGAGUGGAGAAGAAGCUGCCUUGCUGGUGGAGAAUCUGACUCUGAUGCUGCACAAGAGAGGAUGGGAGCUGGGAGCUGAACCUACAGAGGCAAGCUGCCAAUGGAGCAAUUCAGAAGAGUUGGGAUCACCAGACAGCAACACUGAAACCCUCAUAAGAGGUGUUUCUCCUGGACCUGCCUUCGUCAAUGCCUGUGAACUUGAGGACAGCUCAGAGAGUGGGACAGAACUCUUAAGGGCCAUGUGUACAAAGUCUGCCCCCCAAGAGGUGAGUUUCAGGAAAACUGAACUUAAUAAGGACACCCCUCCAGACCAGCCUGGCCCUGAAUAUGGAGCCCCAAGACCCAGUACCAACAUGUGGCCAGCUCUACCUUCCCAAGAGAAGACUCCAUCCGAGGAGAAGCCAUGUCUGUUGGAUUGUUAUGGGACAGUGCCUUCAUACUCAGAGAAGAAGCUCUCCAGGUGUAGGGAAUGCAGGAAAACAUUCCAGAGCACCCUGGCCCUCGAGGCCCAUCGGAAGAGCCACUUCCGGAAGACACCCUAUGCCUGCAGAGAGUGUGGGAAGGCCUUCAGCCGCAGCACCCACCUUGUCCAGCACCAGGUAGUGCACACAGGAGCGAAGCCCCAUGUGUGCAAGGAGUGUGGGAAGGCCUUCAGCCGGGCCACCCACCUGGCACAGCACCAAAGGACUCACACUGGGGAGAAGCCCUACAGGUGCGUGGACUGUGGUAAGUGCUUCAGCCGCAGCACCCACCUCACGCAACACCAGCGGGUGCACACCGGGGAGCGGCCCUAUGAGUGUGAAGAGUGCGGCAAGGCCUUUAGCCAGAGCACCCACCUCACACAGCACCAGCGCGUCCACACCGGGGAGAAGCCCUACAGGUGCGAUGCAUGCGGUAGGGCCUUCAGUGAUGGCUCGGCUCUGAUCCGGCACCUGCGAACCCACUCUGGAGAGAAGCCCUAUCAGUGUAAGGUUUGCGCAAAGGCCUUUGCACAGAGCUCAUCCCUCAGUGAGCAUCAGCGGAUCCACACGGGAGAGAAGCCCUAUCAGUGUAAGGUUUGCGCAAAGGCCUUCGCACAGAGCUCAUCCCUCAGUGAGCAUCAGCGGGUCCACACGGGAGAGAAGCCCUAUAAGUGCAGCGACUGUGGGAAGGCCUUCAGCCGGAGCUCUGCACUCAUGGUGCACCUGCGGAUCCACAUCACCGUGCUGCAGUGACUGGAAGUCCCUCCCAGCGAGCCUCAGCAACCCUGACUUCUAAAAGAGUCAGGGACAGGGUGGGGACUGGCAAGUCCCCAGCAGCCUUUGGGAAAAACCACCCACAUCAUCCCAAGAUGUGUUUCUAUCCAUGUUUAUCUAAAAGGGAAGAGGUCAGAAGGAAAAUAACUUUUUUUUUUUUUUUUUUGCCACUCCUGGCACGUGAACUCAGGGCCUGAGCACUGUCCCUGGCUUC